UUUCGCAUCAACGCCACGAAGAAUCAGUUCCAUGCCAGUAAAAUGUUCGUCGGGGGAAUAUGCGACAAUAUGAGUAAGCAAGCUCUUCUUGAAUACUUGACCCAAUUUGGCGAGGUCAAAGAUUUUAUUAUUAAAACCCAUGCAGCUACUGGUCUUUCCAGGGGGUUUGGAUAUGUGCUCUUCAAAGAUAGUGCCACCGUUGAAAAGAUUCUCCAAGUCAAAGAGCACAAGGUGGAUGGCAGCCCAAUCUAUCUUAAAAGGGCGAAAGCCAUCCAAUCGAAAUUUUCGGAAAGAAAAGUUUUUGUCGGGGGGUUGAAUCCUCGUGUGUCUGAAGAAAAAAUCAGAGAGUAUUUUGAGGCAUUUGGCGUGAUUGAGAAUAUUGAGCUGCCAGUGUGUCCUAGAACAAACGAAAGACGAGCUUUCUGUUUUAUCACCUACACUGAUGUAAAACCAGUGAAGAAGCUGUUAGAAAACAGGUACCAUAUGAUUGGCUCCAGGCGGUGUGAAAUUAAAAUUGCAGUCCCGAAAGAAUAUAAGUCACAACGCAAGGCGGGAAGACAUGUUCCAUCUGCCAGGCCAGUCAACCUCUGGGAAGGAACAGGCUCCCAGGCAAACCCAGAUCCUAGCGGAGCAAACCUGUAUACGUUUGACGCAAACGUGAAUGUUGGCGGGGCGGUUGCAGGUGGCGGCGGAAACCCUUCUACUGUGUUUUUUCCUGUGCCUUACUUAGCCGGUAAUGAAGGGUUUCAUUUUUCUGAUCCAACUCAUGUCAGUUUCUAUAAUGUCUACACUGGUCAGCCAAGUUUUAAUACCUACGGUGGACAUUAUUUUCCUGGCUAUAACUAUGGGACUCAGGCGUUUGGAACUCCAUUUACUAAUUACAAUGUGCAAAUAAACGAAGCGGCCCCCUUCGGUAGUUGUUACCAGGGAUUUUACCAGCCUAUCUGA